AUGUUAACCAUGAGUGUGACACUUUCCCCCCUGAGGUCACAGGACCUGGAUCCCAUGGCUACUGAUGCUUCACCCAUGGCCAUCAACUUGACACCCACCGCGGAGCAGGGUGAGGGAGUAGAGGCGGUGAAGGAUAUGGAUUCUGACCAGCAGUAUGAAAAGCCACCCCCAUUGCAUACAGGGGCCGACUGGAAGAUUGUCCUUCACUUACCUGAAAUUGAGACCUGGCUCCGGAUGACCUCAGAGAGAGUCCGGGACCUAACCCACUCAGUCCAGCAGGAUUCAGACAGCAAGCAUGUGGAUGUGCAUCUAGUUCAACUAAAGGACAUUUGCGAAGAUAUUUCUGAUCACGUUGAGCAAAUCCACGCCCUCCUCGAGACUGAGUUCUCCCUGAAGCUGCUGUCCUACUCUGUCAAUGUGAUUGUGGACAUCCACGCGGUGCAGCUCCUCUGGCACCAGCUCCGGGUCUCGGUGCUGGUUCUGCGGGAGCGCAUCCUGCAAGGUCUGCAGGACGCCAAUGGCAACUACACCAGGCAGACGGACAUUCUGCAAGCUUUCUCCGAAGAGACAGCCGAGGGCCGGCUCGAUUCUCUCACGGAAGUGGAUGACUCAGGGCAGCUAACGAUCAAAUGCUCUCAAAAUUACCUGUCUCUGGAUUGCGGAAUUACUGCAUUUGAACUGUCUGACUAUAGUCCAAGUGAGGAUUUGCUCGGCGGCCUGGGUGACACGAGCCAGGCCAAAACCAAACCCUUUGACUCUUGGAGCUACGGUGAGAUGGAGAAGGAGUUCCCUGAGCUCAUCCGAAGUGUUGGGUUGCUGACGGUGGCCGCUGACCCCAUCGCUCCCAACGGCAGCGAAGCAGUGAGGGAGGGGGCGUCUCAAGGUUCCCUCUCAGCAGAUGAUAAAGGCGGGUGUGAGGCAAACCAGGCUCCCGCAGUCGAGGAGCAACCAGGCUCAAAGCAGGGCACGUCCCCAGGGGAAGCGCUGACAAAUACUGUCCAGUCCUCUUCGGAGACCUCGAAGCAGGAAUCCGGUCCCUCCUCCCAACCCGGAGCAAAGGACCAACAGCCUCUUCCCUGUGAGAACGCAACGCCCAAGCGACCCAUCCGAGAUUGCUUCAACUACAACGAGGACUCCCCCACACGGCCCACGUUGCCGAAAAGAGGGCUUUUCCUUAAAGAGGGCACUUUUAAGAAUAACCUGCGAGGUGCUGACGGAAGGAGGCGGAUGAUGGUCGACCUCAAGCCCGAGCUGAGCAGAAGCACCCCCUCCCUGGCGGGGCCCCCUGACAGGUCCAAGCUCUGCCUGGUGCUGCAGGCCUCCUACCCCAGCAGCCCUUCGGCCGCCAGCCAGUCCUAUGAGUCUCUGCACAAGGUGGGGGGUGGGGAUCUCGAAAACACAGUCAGAAGUCACGUUAAAGAAAUCUCCUCCAGCCUGGGAAGGCUCAACGACUGCCACCAAGAGAAACCUCGGCUUAAAAAGCCACGUCAGGGCCCGGAAGAGGUGCCUCCGUGCCAAACCCCUAAGGCAGGAGCUGGUCCAGGCAAGCAAACGGAAAUCACCAGGAGCUCCGGAGUGCAGGACGGAAUGGCCUCUUGUACUUCCAAGGCCGUGGAGGGCCCAGACACCGAUUCCGCCUCUACAUCCUCCCUGGAGCCGUAUACUCACAGAAGCUGGAAUGCCAAAUUGCAGGUGCAGUCAGAGACAUCCGGUUCCCCACCGUUGACUCAAAGCAGCGAAUCUCCUAUCGGCCCGGACAGUCUCCUGUCUCCGGUACCCCUUCUUUCAAAACACAAAAGCAAAAGAAGUUCCUCCUCCUCCCCCCCAGGUCACGUCUCAAGGAAUGGUCAGGUUGUGGAGGCCUGGUAUGGCUCCGAUGAGUACCUGGCACUGCCCUCUCACCUUAAGCAGACAGAAGUAUUAGCUUUGAAGCUGGAAAACUUAACCAAGCUUCUCCCUCCAAAACCCAGAGGAGAAACCAUUCAGAAUAUCGAUGACUGGGAACUGUCUGAAAUGAAUUCAGAUUCCGAGAUCUAUCCCACGUACCAUGUCAAGAAGAAGCGUGCAAGGCCAGGCAGGGUGUCUCCAAGUUCAUCCAGUGACAUCGCCUCUUCGCUGGGGGAGAGCAUUGAGUCUGGGCCCCUGAGUGACAUUCUUUCCGACGAGGAGCCGUGCAUGCCUCUCUCUGGCGUGAAAAAAUACAUGGAUGAGAAGUCAGAGAGAGCUUCAUCUUCUGAGAAAAACGAGAGCCAUUCCGCCACAAAAUCUGCUUUAAUUCAGAAACUUAUGCAAGAUAUUCAACACCAAGACAACUAUGAAGCCAUAUGGGAAAAAAUAGAGGGGUUUGUAGACAAGCUGGAUGAAUUCAUUCAGUGGUUAAAUGAAGCCAUGGAAACCACUGAGAACUGGACACCCCCUAAAGCAGAGACGGAUGGCCUUAAACUGUACCUGGAGACACACCUGAGUUUCAAGCUGAAUGUAGACAGCCACUGUGCUCUCAAGGAAGCUGUGGAGGAGGAAGGACACCAGCUUCUCGAGCUGAUUGCAUCUCACAAAGCAGGACUAAAGGACAUGCUGCGGAUGAUUGCGAGUCAGUGGAAGGAGCUGCAGAGGCAAAUCAAACGGCAGCACAGCUGGAUUCUCAGGGCUCUGGAUACCAUCAAAGCCGAGAUUCUGGCCACUGAUGUGUCUGUGGAGGGUGAGGAAGGGACUGGAAGCCCCAAGGCCGAGGUUCAGCUAUGCUACCUGGAAGCACAAAGAGAUGCUGUUGAGCAGAUGUCCCUCAAGCUGUACAGCGAGCAGUACACCAGCGGCAGCAAGAGAAAGGAAGAGUUUGCUGAUAUGUCAAAAGUUCAUGCAGUGGGAGGCGCAGGGCUUCUGGACUUUGAUUCAGAAUACCAGGAGCUCUGGGAUUGGCUGAUUGACAUGGAGUCCCUCGUGAUGGACAGCCACGACCUGAUGAUGUCAGAGGAGCAGCAGCAGCAGCUUUACAAGCGAUACAGUGUGGAAAUGUCCAUCAGGGGCCUGAAAAAGACAGAGCUGCUGAGUAAGGUGGAAGCUUUGAAGAAAGGUGGCGUUUUACUACCAAAUGAUCUCCUUGAAAAAGUGGAUUCAAUUAAUGAAAAAUGGGAACUGCUUGGGAAAACCCUGGGAGAGAAGAUCCAGGACACAAUGGCAGGGCCCCGUGGGUCGGAUCCACGUGACCUGCUCUCUCCUGAAAGCGGAAGCCUGGUAAGGCAGCUGGAGGUCAGGAUCAAAGAGCUGAAAGGGUGGCUGAGAGAUACAGAGCUUUUCAUCUUCAAUUCCUGUCUGAGACAAGAAAAGGAAGGAACAAUGAAUGCUGAGAAACAACUGCAAUACUUUAAGUCGCUCUGUGGUGAAAUCAAGCAGCGGCGGCGUGGAGUGGCCUCCAUCCUGAGGUUAUGCCAGCACCUUCUGGAUGGUGGGGAGACCUGCAACCUGAGCGCAGACCACCAGCCCAUGCAGCUGAUCAUCGUGAAUCUCGAGAGGAGGUGGGAAGCCAUUGUCAUGCAAGCCGUCCAGUGGCAAACACGGCUACAAAAGAAGAUGGGAACGGAGUCUGAGACUCUGAAUGUGAUUGAUCCUGGCUUGAUGGACCUAACUGGGACCAGCGAGGAUGCCCUGGAAUGGGAUGAAACUGAUAUAAGUAAUAAGUUAAUUAGUUUGAAUGAAGACUCAAAUGACCUCAAUCAAGAACCCCAACCUGUCAUGCCUUCCUUAAAACCUGAAGAGACAGGUAGUGAGGACCCUGGUUAUGAAGAAGAGGCAGGUGACUGUGGGGGAUCUCAGUAUGCCUCAAGUAUCACUGCCCCCUCUAGUCCCCACAUUUACCAGGUAUACAGCCUCCACAAUGUGGAACUCUAUGAUGACAACCACAUGCCAUUUCUGAAAAACAAUCCCACGCUCACCAGCAUGACACAGCCUAGUGUUUUGACUAAGAGUCUUAGUAAAGACUCCUCAUUCUCAUCCACCAAAUCUUUGCCAGAUCUUCUAGGGAGUUCCAAUUUGGUGAAGCCCUGCCCAUGCCAUGGAGGAGACAUGAGCCAGAAUUCAGGCAGUGAGAGUGGAAUCGUCAGUGAAGGAGACACUGACACCACUACCAACUCUGAAAUGUGUUUGCUCAAUAUGGUGGAUGGGUCCCCUAGUAACUCUGAACCUGAACAUCUGGAACCACAAAUGGGAGAUGCCAUUAACAUGUUAAAGCAAAAAUUUAAAGAUGAGGAGGAAGCCAUUAAGCUUCCAAAUAGCUCUCAGUCAUCCAUUUCACCAGUGGGUUGUGUAAAUGGAAAAGUUGGAGAUUUAAACAGUGUUAUCAAACAUACCCCUGAUUGUUUGGGAGAAGAAUUACAAGGAAAACAUGAUGUGUUUACAUUUUAUGAUUACUCAUACCUCCAAGGCUCAAAACUCAAAUUACCAAUGAUAAUGAAGCAGUCACAAAGUGAAAAGGCAUAUGUAGAGGAUCCCCUGCUCCAUGGCUUUUAUUUUGAUAAAAAGUCCUGCAAAUCUAAACAUCAGGCUACAGAGUUACAACCGGAUGCACCUCCCCAUGAAAGGAUUUUAGCAGGUGCAUCCCACGAAAUAGAUCACAAUUCCUAUACAAGUAGUGAUAUGGAGAAGACACUCACUGGCAUGCAGAAUGCCAAACAGCUCUCCCUCCUAUCUCGUAGUUCAUCUGUUGAGUCCCUUUCUCCAGCGGGUGAUUUAUUUGGACUGGGUAUCUUUAAAAAUGGCAGUGACAGCCUCCAGCGAAGCACUUCUCUCGAAAGUUGGUUGACAUCCUAUAAAAGCAACGAAGAUCUUUUUAGCUGUCACAGCUCUGGGGACAUAAGUGUGAGCAGUGGCUCAGUUGGUGAAUUGAGUAAAAGGACAUUAGAUCUCCUGAAUCGUUUGGAGAAUAUCCAGAGUCCCUCAGAGCAAAAGAUACAGCGGAGUGUUUCCGAUAUCACCCUUCAAAGCAGUUCCCAAAAGAUGUCUUUUACUGGCCAGCUGUCACUGGACAUCGCAUCUUCCAUCAAUGAAGACUCGCCAGCAUCUCUUACAGAACUUAGCAGCAGUGAUGAGCUCUCUCUUUGCUCAGAGGAUAUUGUGUUACACAAGAACAAGAUCCCAGAGUCAAAUGCGUCAUUCAGGAAGCGCCUGACUCAUUCGGUGGCUGAUGACAGCGACGUCAAUGUCAGCAUGAUCGUUAACGUCUCUUGCACCUCUGCUUGCACGGAUGAUGAAGAUGACAGCGACCUCCUCUCCAGCUCUACCCUCACCUUGACAGAAGAAGAGCUGUGCCUCAAAGAUGAGGAUGAUGACUCCAGUAUUGCAACGGACGACGAAAUUUAUGAAGAGUGCAACUUGAUGUCAGGGCUGGACUAUAUAAAGAAUGAGCUGCACACCUGGAUUAGGCCCAAGCUUCCCUUGACGAGAGAUAAGAGAAGGUGUCAUCUCAGUGAUGAAAUAAGGGGCAGUAAGGAUGUAAGUAGUAGUGAGAUGACCAAUCCCUCUGAUACCCUCAACAUUAAGGCCCUUCUAAAUGGCUCCAUAAAACAUCUCUCUGAAAAUAAUGGAAACAGUAAGAAUUUACCCCACACCCAUGAGUUAGGAACAAAGGGUGAAAAUAAGAAAAAUAUUUUCAAAGUCAGUAAAGAUCCAUAUGUGGCUGAUGUGGAAAAUGGCAAUGUCGAAAGUACUCCAGAGAGACAGGAGGACAAACUUAAUGAGAUGUCACAGGAAUCAGAAAAUCUUGGGUCAGCCAGGAAGAGGAUUUCAGAGAGUGAGCAUUGUAAGUGCGAAGCAUCUAUGGAUAGCUCCGAUGAUUCAAACACUGCUGGAAAAGAAUCUGUCUCCCAGACGGUUAGACAUCUUCCAAAGAAAUGUCAAAACCACCACCAUUUUGAAAAUCAAAUGGCUGCUUCUACUCCCCCUGAGAAGUCUUGCCCAGAACUGCCUUUAGAAACGAGAGUCACCAAUAGACAGGACUCUGAUGUACUGAAACCUUCAUGUGAUGAUGCACUAAGUAUGGCUGGAAAAUCUGCCGGCUGCUGCCUAGAACUUGAACAAAAUGAAACAGAGGAAAAUGCCUCUGUCGGUGACAACAUUUCCUGUUGUGGCUGUGAGUCAGGUGUUUUCCAUCAAAAAGAUGCCGAAGAUUGUUCAGUACAUGACUUUGUUAAGGAAAUCAUUGGCAUGGCUUCAACUGCCCUAAAAAGUAAAUCUCAACCUGAAAAUGAGGCAGCCGCUCCUACUUCAUUAACUCAAAUCAAGGAGAAAGUGUUAGAACAUUCUCACCGGCCCAUCCAGCUGAGAAAAGGGGACUUUUAUUCCUACUUAUCUCUCUCAUCGCAUGACAGUGAUUGUGGGGAGGUCACCAAUUACAUAGAAGAGAAGAGCAACACCCCUUUGCCUCUGGACAUGACUGACUCUGGCCUGGAAGACAGGGAAGACAUAGAAUGCUUCUUUGAGGCCUGUGCUGAGGACGACCCUGAUGGAGACGAGCCCUGUGCCUCCAGCCCUCCUCCAGAUGGGCGGGCAGGCCACAGGGAGGCUGCAGUGCCAACCCAAGCAGCAGCGGGCUCUUCUGGGUGCAGUGACAUUUCUCUCUCAGCCGACGAUGCAGACAUGGUGGCUCUUGCAAGUCCCCCCCCUCAGAAAGGAUCUGACAUUGGAAAGGAAGUGGAUGGUUUACCCCAAGCUUCCACUGUCUGUGGAGAAAGCUCACAGUCAGCUACUCCUCCAGGGCUGGGCAGUGAAAAAGAACGCUCAGAAAACCCAGGUGAGUCUGGAAUGCCAGAGGAACAGAAGGCUGCUUCCGCCAACUCGAGAGUCCCGGGGCUCUCCUCAAAGGCAAAGCAGCCCAAAGACAAGGCUGCACUGCUUCCCAGCCCCAAAAGUUUAACCUGUGAAGAUCUCCUAAGUCUUGAUGAAGAACGACAUAGAAAUAUGCAUAGGUAGAAUGUAACCUUCU